GGGGCAAGUGGAGCAAGAACUGUCCAUUAUCCUUUCGCAUGCCGUGGCCAAGCCCCGCGCGUGGCGGCCGCGUGUUCCACUCCGGAAUCUCCAGCCGCCCACUCCUUGCCCAGAGCCCAGGCACCGGAUCCCAGCGGUGUCCGGGUCGCUUCGGGCAGCCCCCCGGGAAGAGCGCCUGGGGCUGAGCUCGCUCUAUCCAGCAGGCUCCGUGCGGAAGGCAUUCCGGUCCUCCUUCCUUUUCUCAGCGCCCCCGCCACGGUCCUCCUUCUAGUCAGUCCCCCAAGCGCUCCCUUUCUUUCUGCCUCAGCCUUCCAUCUCCUCCCGACUUCUCUCAGACCCCUGGGGGAAAAUGCUGCCAUUGGCCAGGUCGCUUCCGGCAGCCUGUUAGAGAGGAGGAAGGUGGGAGAAGCCUGGAGCAGAAAGGCGGAGGGAGGAAAGGAGAGAGGGAGGGAAGGAAGGAGGAGGAAGAGGGCAGCUCCAUCAGCUCAGGCAAAUUGCAAGAGCUGCCUUCACUCCCCAAAGUGUCGAGGCAGGGAGCCACGGCUGGCGGGCUUUCUGGCAGUCACCAAACUAUUUCGCCCCUUGCUACCAUCGGAUUUCUGCUCGCUCUCCUCUUUAGCAAAUAGAAUCCGUCUCAGGAUAGGUUCCAACCUGACUUUUUCCCCCCCCUCUCCUCCUCCUCCUCCACCUCCUCCUCUUCCUUCUCCUCCUCCCCUCCCCCGCUCCUUUUGCCUCCUGGCAUCGGAUCUCUGAUUCUACUGCAGCCUGAAUCUUGCAAACAGCUCGGCUGUUGGUGUGGGGGCUGCCGUCUGUUUGGCAGCGGGGAGCACUGGCAGCCAGGGGUCGUGCCCUGGGCAAAGGGAAGAAGCGAAACUUGCGGUGCCGGCGGCCAGAGCCGACCGCCUUCCAGUCCCCGGAGACCUGGGAAACCCAGUGGGGGCUGCCUCUUCCCCAGCGGUGGCAAUAACAAGGUCGGGGAGGGAAAAGUUCCUCCUACUGUUGUUGCCUCCCGUUUGGAGGAGGCGCAGUGGCUUUGCUCCCUCGGAAGUGGGAAUUGUUUUGAAUCCAGCUAGUGGAGGGGUCCAGCGCGCAGGGAAGUCAGCAUCCGCAAGCUCCGGAGGGGGCUCUGUCUAACAAGGAGGAGGACCCCUUGAGCCCAACGCGAUUUGACUACGAUCCCAGGACUUUGCAACGCACUUUGCAGCCCGGGCUGCGUGCAACUGAUUUGAUUCUUUCCAGUUUUUCCUUGGUUUUGGACUGAGAUCUGCUUGGCCCGGCAGCCUAAGAAGAGCUCCAGAGUGAUACUGGGAGCAUUACACUGCCCCCUCCCCAUCUCCUCCCAUUUCUCCUCCUCCCCCCAUCUUCCUCUACUUUCCCCGGUACGUGAAAUCAGAUCCAAAUAAAAGGGCGACUUAAUCCCGCUGUGAUUGUGGUCUGCAGCACUCUUCCUUCCUGGCCCCCUUCUUCCCACCCCUCCUUCCUCAGUCAGUCCUGCAGCCCUAAGGAAGAAGCUCUGGAAGAAUAAAUUCGGGGGGGGAGGGCGCAGGGGGAGGUAUCCGCGUUAUGGCGAGGUUAAGGAAAGUCGAGCUGGCCACAGCUGGAGUUGUAUUACUUUGCCACUUUUUAAUGGACCGGUUUCGGUAUGCGGAAGGGGAGACCAUAAAUCAAACCAAUGAUGUGCUUUAUGAAGUUGUCCAUGGUUUUUCUCAUGGAGAAGAGGAGGUGGAUAUAGACUCACAUGUGUACAGCCACAGAUGGAAAAGGAACUCUGAGCCACUCAAGUCAGUUGACACCAACCGAGCGAGUAUGGGUCAAGAUUCAUCAGAACCCAGAGGCUUCACAGAUCUGCUCCUUGAUGAUGGACAUGACAACAACACACAGAUUGAGGAGGAUACAGAUCAUAAUUACUACAUUUCCAGGAUAUAUGGGCCAUUGGACUCUGCCAGCCGGGAUUUGUGGGUGAACAUGGACCAAAAGGAAAAAGAUAAAGUGAAGAUUCAUGGGAUUUUAUCCAAUACCCAUCGGCAAGCUGCAAGAGUGAAUCUGUCCUUCGAUUUUCCAUUUUAUGGCCAUUUUCUACGUGAAAUCACUGUGGCAACUGGGGGUUUCAUAUAUACAGGAGAAAUUGUACACCGAAUGCUAACAGCCACGCAGUACAUAGCCCCUUUAAUGGCAAAUUUUGACCCUAGUGUGUCCAGAAAUUCAACCAUCAGAUAUUUUGAUAAUGGUACAGCACUCGUCGUCCAGUGGGACCAUGUGCAUCUCCAGGAUAAUUACAACCUAGGCAGUUUCACUUUCCAGGCUACCCUCCUCAAUGAUGGACGGAUCAUUUUUGGAUACAAAGAAAUUCCUGUGUUGGUGACCCAGAUAAGUACAACCAAUCAUCCAGUGAAAGUGGGAUUGUCUGAUGCAUUUGUAGUUGUCCACAGGAUCCAACAGAUUCCCAAUGUUCGAAGGAGAACAAUUUAUGAAUACCACCGAGUAGAGCUCCAGAUGGGGAAGAUAACCAAUGUUUCAGCUGUGGAGAUGACCCCACUACCCACUUGCCUCCAAUUUAAUAGCUGUGGGCCUUGUGUCUCUUCUCAGAUUGGGUUCAACUGCAGCUGGUGUAGCAAACUCCAAAGGUGCUCUAGUGGAUUUGAUCGACACCGGCAAGACUGGGUAGACAGUGGUUGCCCUGAGGAGUCUAAAGAGAAGAUGUGCGACGGCUUAGACCCAGCUGAAACGUCUUCCCAGACAACCACAACCCUACAACCAACAACUACACAAUUCAGGGUUUUAACUACGACCAAAAGAUCAACUUCACCACAACUACCAACCAGCCUCCCCACAGAAGGUGAUGAUACCAAGAUAGCUCUACAUUUAAGAGAUAAUGGAGCCUCUACUGAUGACAGUGCAGCCGAGAAAAAAGAUGGAGCUCUUCACGCUGGUCUAAUCGUUGGAAUCCUCAUCCUUGUUCUCAUCAUAGCAACAGCUAUCCUUGUGACAGUCUACAUGUACAACCAUCCAACAUCAGCAGCCAGCAUAUUCUUCAUUGAGCGACGUCCCAGCAGAUGGCCAGCCAUGAAGUUUCGAAGAGGCUCUGGACACCCUGCGUAUGCUGAAGUUGAACCUGUUGGAGAAAAAGAAGGUUUUAUUGUAUCAGAGCAGUGUUAAAAUUUCUAGGACAGAACACCAGUACUGGCUUACAGGUGUAAGACUUUAACUUCGCCUAUAUCUUUAAAAAAAUUUAUAAAACAAAGAAAAAAAUAAUGGCGCCCUAAGCUGCUGUAGCCUGAACAAGGGAUGAUUUCCGGAUCAGCCUUGCCUAAGAAAGCUGGGGAAGGGAAUUUGCAAAGAUACCAGAUUAUGCUGAGCAGUAGUUUUCUUUAAUAAAAUGACAUACAGUUCACUUAGAACAUCCUCAGUGGACUGAUUAGAACACUGACAUGACCACCAUGCUGUUGGCUUAGGUGUGGGUUGCAUAAGAAUCAAGGGAAGAAAUAAAGCUUUAGUUCACAAGGGUUCUAUCCCCCUUUGGUUUCAUAUGUUUUCUGGGGUCUCCGAGGUAAUAGGUUUUGUAAACUGAUUAUGUUUCUAAAGGAAAAGACAAUAAUUAGUAUUUUAAGAUGGUAAAACAAAACCAAUUCAUACAGGCAAAAGAGGGACUACAUGCAAAACAAGCAAUUUCUAAUCUUCAGAAAUGAAAAAUGGCAAUAGAAUUUUGGUUUUCAACAUCCACUCUCACCUGUUCAAACAAGUUCAUUACUUUUAAGUGUGAACCAUUUUCUCAAGAGGAAGAUUAAACCAUGCCUCCCACUUUUAAGGAGAUACAUAUCCUCUCCAUCUAUAGGGUGUAAAGAUAUCACAAGUUUUAGGUGAACCUUUGGCAAAGAAGCUCCCAAUGACCUUUUGGCGAGGCACAAUUUCUGUCUCAGAAUGUCAAAUCUGGAUUUUUUUUUUAGAAGUAUUGCCUGCAUGGUCUACCUAUGGAGUGAAAAGAAGGUAACAGAUGGUCUUGGAUGAUAGAAGGAGAAGGAAACACAGAAGAGUUUCUCAGGCAUUUUGUGAAGCAAAACUAUUGAGGAAUUUCAAACAAAUAGGUGUGGAUUUGAGUUUGUUUUGGGAUUUUUGUUGUUGUUGUUGUUUUUGGCCAGGUCAGUACUAAUGGCCUGUUUCAUUGUUGAUUCUUGCCUAAGAAGCCAUUCAAUUUUCCAGCACACAUCCCCAGAGAUUAAAAAAAAAGAAGAAAAUGUUUCAGAACCCUGCUGAUUCAUACAGUAAUUUUGUUUAAAGCACAUAGUAGUUGCAUAAAUAUAAAUAUAAAUAUAUAUAUAUAUAAAUAUAUUUUUGUUUAUAGCUAACACAAGGCAGGCUCUUGUGACUGUUAAGACUGCAUUUUGUCAUCUGGACAAAGAAAAUGGAUUGCAUUACUGCAUAUUUCCAUUGAGUUGUAAAAUAAUCCUUAAUAUUAGAAUAUUUUUAUGUCCCAUGGGGAAAGUGGUUCAUUCUAUUGCAGUGCCAUACAAUUUCCUGCCUACAUGAGCCACUCUUCCAUUUACAUCGACCCUUUCCUUCCCAGAUUUGGUUAAGAAGAAAUUAAAAGCUCCUUAAAUGAGGCCACCAGUCAUAUUGGCCUGGUUGGACUAACCACAAUCCAGAUGUGAACAUCCUUACUGGAAAAGGAAUUUUAAACAUUCUUUGAGGAGGAAAAGGGGUUAAAAUAUACACUGAACUUCUAAAGUUGAAAUUCAAGUACUGUGUGUAUGAUUCCAUUGCCAUCUUGACUUAUGAACCCUUUACAUUCUGUACAAAGUGAUUCCUAUUAAGGUACGGUGUUCAACAUUUGCAGGUUCAGGUCUCAAGUAGCAUGCUUAUAUAUUAUAAGUAGCACCUUACUAACAUUUUAGAAUGUAUAGACAGUGUCUGAAUCCAAUGACUUCAAUCCACUAAUAAAUCAUGAUUCUCCUUAAUAACUGUCUUCAUGAAGUAAACCAGUAAUGUUUUUUUGUUUGUUUGUUUGGGGUUUGUUUUUUGUGUAGUACAGUUUGAUUUUUUUUAAGUUAUCCAACAUGGCAUUUAAGCUUUUUUUUAGAAGUUACGUAUCAGUCAUCUUAAAGAAUUGAAAAGCAAGUUAAAGUGAAGUUUAAGAUGACCAUCUUACAGCCAUAUGCCUUCUCAUUUUUUAUGAACUGUUCCAACACAUGCCUUGUGGGUUAGAUUUAGUUAUGUAGCAAUAACCAAAUGACUUGCCAAUUUAACUGGUGCAACUGGUACUCUAAGAAUAUUUAAUGAUCACGUAGACAACUUCCUUCUGGGAUGCUGUUCUCUGGUUGGUUUUUAAAGUAAAUUUGUCUUCCAAGGGCAGUAAUUGACAAAUUAUUCUAUUAAGCCUAUAUGUAAGUUUGAUUUCCUGCAUAUUAAUGGAGGAAACAGAAGUUAUUCCAAAGCCCAUCAUAGCUUAUAUGCAUUCAUAUGCAUUGUAAGGAUUAAUAAUUAUGUGAAAAAUUUUCACAACUGUAAUCUAAAUUACUCAGUUUGCCUAAAUACAAAACAUUACAGACAACCUUAGAGUAGAAACAUUUGGGGAGGACUAUAGGGAAGAAGUUCUCUCAGGUCACAUCAGAGAUGUAUUAUAAUUUGAUAGUAGGAUGAUAGCCUUAACUGACAUCUUUCCUCUUUCGUAUAAUUUGUUUUCUAUUAUAUACCCCUAUUCUGUGCUUAGAUUUCCCUGCACAACUCUGUCGUCUUAGAGUAUAAAAUGGAAAUUGGACUUCCGAUAUAGAGAGUGUGACUGCAUUAAUAAUAUAUAUUAAUAACAUGAUACUUAUUGUGGCACACAUAUCUAAUAGCCAUACAAAUUACAGUGAAACAAAACAAAAGAAUAUGAAGAACAAACACAAAGAAAAUUAAAUUGAAUGUUAUUUGAUUAUACUGUCCUACUGUACUGCAUAGUGAGAACUGAUGUUGUGGAUCUCAAAUAAGGGCUAAUGAGCCUGGCUUACUAAUUUGACUAUUGAUAUCAAAUGGAAGUUGAGCAAUUGUUACUGGACUGCUAUAAAGCCAUAAGCUAAUUAUCUAAGCCCUUUGGACCUGCUUCCUCAUAAAGAAGAUGGGAACAUGGCAUUGCCUUGAUUAUUACAGUUGUCGACAUUAGCAUUAAAAAAGAUAAAUGUGGAAAACAUCACUGACAUCACAUACUAAGAUGGAAAAAUACUGAUGGGUUGGUACCUAUAUAAAUGUUUCUCUUCCCCUUUUCCAUUUGACUCAAUGAAUUAUUGCAGUUUAAGGCUUGUAAAUAUUUCCUGAGAGCAGGAGUCAAAUAGGACUGACUUAAACAACCCAAAAUUCCUUCUUCCUUGAAUAUUAAUUUAAUUGCAUAAUCUUUACAGGAAUCGUGACCUAAAUCUAUUGUACUAGCUCCAUACAAUCUAAGAUUUUCUCUUUAUCAUCUAACCCAACUCCCUUAUGGUUAUAACUGAGACAGAGAAGGCUCAGAAAAGAAAAGUGUUCUGCCAUAGUUAUUGCUAAGACUAGGGCCUAGAACUCAGGCCUUCUGAUCCCCAUUGUAAUUUCCAAUUAGAUUUUGCCAUCUACCAAUUCUGAAGCAGCUAAGGUUACAUCAGUGCAUUCAUUAGGUAGAACGUUAAUCUCAAGUCCUAUUGUAUUUGCUUCAUUGCAUUUUCUACUGUAUCAUACAGUAACUCUCACCAUGCUACUCUAUGGUAUUUUUACAAAUGAGUUUAAUUUUAAACUAGUUUAUUUGACAAGGAAAUCAGGUAUUGGCUAAUGUAGUUUCUUAGCUUUUUUUAUCUCUUCAUCAUUGCAAAUGACUUAAACUUCCUUCGAAGGUAAAAUAACCUGUUUUCAUAUUAGGCUUUUUAUCCAUUCCCCAAUGUUCACCAGCAAUAGCUUAUGAGACCAAGGUUGUUUACUCUGACCAUACUGAAGUUGGAUAGUGAACUAGCUCCCCAAAUUAAAAGAAGAUAAUUGGUUGUGUUACAUUUGGGAAAUUGAGGUGUUUUUAAGAUCUUAAGCUAUAAUUUGAAACCAAAAUCCAUCUUUUAAACAUUGGUAUUCUUAUGGUUAUGCUAUAUACCUAUAAAUCAUGGAAUGUCUCAGUCCCUAAAGGAUUCAUCUUAUGGGUCACCUAAUGGGAAACAGUGGAAUUUAUAAUGGGCUGUGAUAGACUGCAAUAUAUUGCUAAUGGAAAAUUCCAUGUGAGUGAACAUAUAAGAUAAUCAGAAAUAUGUAUGCCAAGAAAAAGAGAUGAGAAGUCAAAUAAGGGUGGAAGAAAAACAGUUAGACAAUCCAGAUGCCUCAAUGGUAUCUCUGACAUGUGAAGAGGUCUAUAAAAAAGACCUUCAGUAUUAUGGGUUGACCCCUAUAUAAAAAUGUAUGGCAGGAUGUGGUCAAGAGCUACACCGGAUGAAAAGGCAUGAAUCAAUUGUGAGCAAUAAUUUUGGAGGAAAUACCCAACAGAUUUAUCUAAUUACCUAAGGAUUCUUUAAAAAGGGGUAAUAGAUAGCUUCCUUGCCUAGAGUAUGUGAACAUUUAGAGAUUUGAGUAUUGAAAAUAGCACUAUCUGAUGAUAUAAUUUACUGUAAAAGAUAUUUCUUUGCACUGUUCUGUAGCAUGGUUUAACUCAAACAUCUAAGAAUAAUAUUUGAUGCAAUUUAUCCAGAGAUGAACAUGAAAAUUACUUGAUUCAGCUUAUCAUGCUGAAAAAAAAUCCAGUAUUAUACACUGUGACAAACUUCAUUUGGUAAAGAGAUAUGCUUCAAUAGUGAUACGAAUAAUGAUUUAGGGAGUUGUUAAGACUUGGUUUCUAGACUUAGCUCAGUCACUGACUCAAUGUGUGAUCCUGGCACUACUUAGUCUUUGGAGCAUUAGUUUCCUCAUCUGUACAAUGGGAAAUAUAAAUCUGCCUACCGCAGUAGUUCAUCAUGAAGAGGAAAGAGCCCUGAAUCUGAAGUUAGAGGCUGAAAAUCUUCCAAUGCUACCCGCCUAUGCCAAAGUGCAUAACCUAACUGGGCUUCACUCUACUCAAUGGGGCUGAUUGGACCAGCUGGCCUCAGAGGUCCCCUUCUAGUACUAGUCAUACAAUCCCCAAGCUGUUCAAAUUGGAUAAGGCAAGUAAAGAUCAUAAUGUGAAGGCCUACAAAGAUCACAUUGGAUAAAGCCUGUGAAAAUACCCUGUGAAUAACAAAGUGGAGUUCACAUGUGAGGAGAUGGCAAUAUUCUUACUUCCAUUACAAAGGUUAUAUUAGUGUUCUCCAGUUUAAUUUUCUCCCUAAUUGUAACUUGUGACAACCAAAUAACUUCACACUAUCCCUUGUGUACUUGGUCCCUUAUUAGGGUCUUUUCAAAUUUGGACAGUUCUGAAUAAUGUUUUGGUUUGUAUGGUUAACUUAGCUUCUUAGUAUCGCCAUGUUGCCCAGUUUGUUAAAUGCUUUGCUCCCCUGUGCCUGAAAAAUGUCCUAAAAAUCUAGCUGGCUCUGUACAAGUGCUUUCCUUGUUUCUAAUCACAAUCUUUUGCCAGGGCUUUAAAUUGUAUGCAACUUUUGAUCAGAAGUGAUAGAUCAUUGGCAUUAUGUGGAAUAUACAAUUCAAAUUUUCUAUCACAUUCAAGUCAAGGUAUUGCUCAUUUUGCAGCAUCUGAUUAGAGAAUUUUUUAAGAAAAAACAAAUGUCAUAUAUUGGCUAUGCCAUUUCAUCUUUGUUUCCAGUGAUAGAAUAACCACAUUUCCUAGGCCAAUUUAAAUAGUUACUAGCGUAGUAUCAUGAAGGUAUGUAGCUAGCAGGAACUUUAAAGAUUACUUAAUCCAACCACCUUAUUUUGAAGAUGAAGAAACUGGGGUCAGAGAUUGAAGAUUUGUACCUGAGUCUUCCUCCUUUAAUGCAGUGGCUUUUGUCAUUCCAUCACAUAUUUUUCUUUUCAUUUGUGAUAUGGUUUCACAGUUGCUAGAGAAAUUCUGGGACGAAUUUAUUUGAAUCUUGCUCUUUUGAGAAAGAACAUAAUUUCACUUUUUUUUUACCUGUGUUUCUCUUAUGGCUUCUCAAAUUUUAUUAACUUUAGGUUUCUUUAAAAAUUCCAGAAGCAAAGCAGUCUUGGUAGUUUUUAGGAAUGUUAAUUAUACUCUGAAUGUUAAUAAAACAACUAGAGGCUAAAGAAUAUAAGUUUUAGGUUCAUAGGUCCCUGCUCCCUCAUUUUCAGUUGUAUUUUUAAUCCAUAGCCUUCAUUAGUGAAGUGUUUGUUAUCAUGAAGCUUUGUGUCCAAAGUACCAUUGUAGCCAAUUGCUUACAAUGUUCAUUUUGCAAAAUUUGGAAAGCUUCUUCAUGAAACAGGAUCCUAUAUGGCCUUUUCUUCACCUCUAACUUUAGAAGGAAUGUCCUCAUGGCUUUGACUAUUAUAGCCUUUUAGGAGAGAUAGGGAGAUGUUUCUCUAGAGGUGUUUUUCUGUCGAUUAACUGUUGACUAACCUUAAAUUUGAAGAUGAAGUAGAUGAACCAAUAUAGGCAGUCUACAUUGUUGAAGUGGUGACUGACCUAGACAUAAACACUCCUCAUCACCUCUCUUUGACAAAGUCCUCAUGUUCAUGUGUCCUUCCUCCCAACAAUUUGUACACUAUGCCCAUUGAAGAUCUGGUCAUUUAUCCAUCAUCCCCUGUUCCACUUGGUCCUUAGCUUCUGACCUUGUAAUCGCAUGAAAUGAGCCUUCUUGACUCAACUUGGGCUUCACACAGAAGUGGAACGAAGGCAAAAAAAAGUGUUUCAGACACCUCCCUCAAAAUGUUCCUUUAUCAUUGUUCCUCUUGUUUCAUGGAAGAAUUUCCCUGGGUUAGAAUAGGUGGAGCUGACUGUGGCUUAACAUUGACCUUUUGCAGAAGUGGCUUCAGUUGUCUUGCUCACUUUGAGCAAGAAUACUGACCCUCAGGAUUAGAAUGCUCAGUACAGUCUAAUGUACCAUUCAGAGUAUUGUCUCAUUUGUGUACUGUACUAUCCAUAUUUUCCCUGAUCCAUCCCACAACUCUCUACUCUUACUCUUAAAUAUAAUUAUUAUUAAUUAACAUGAGAAUUAAACAGAAUCUUUUAAAUAGGUCAUGAUGGGCUUUUGGAAAACUUCUGAAUCUCACGAAAAAUCAAGAUGUGAAAGCAGCAAAUAACUAUCUACAUGUAACUGUAAUAGCACAUCAAAUUCCAUAUGAAGACAUUUAGGAGUAUAGUCAUUUAGCCAUGCCCCCCCCCAAAAAAAAAAAACAAAGUAAGUAUCUGAGUCUCAUUUAGGGACUUUAACUUUUUCCCCUAAAUAUUUAGAAUUACUGAGUGGGAAAUGGUUUUAAAAAUCAAUGGAGUAAUGCAUACAAAAAUCUGACUUAAAGAAUGAUGUUGAAUCCAUUUUGACCAAUUUCGUUUUGCAUAAAAAUACCUCAAUGAUCCCCACCAUUCUUUUGCAGCAGUGACUUUUUUUUUAAUGGUUCCCCCCUCCCUUUAGUGUCUCUGUACUUGCAAUUAAUAAACAAGCAUUUGUUAAGUGCCUACCUUAUGCCAUACAUUGUGCAAAAUGUUGGGAAUGCAAAACAAAAGCUUUCCAUGACCUAAGUGUCAAUAAAGAAUUGUGCAACCCAUGUUUAUAUUUUGUUUAUAUUUCUAUAGUAGUUGAUGAUCUGCAAAGUGCUUUCCAAAUUUUUUUUGAUCCUUACAAGAAUCCUAUGAAGUAGGUACUAUUAUAAUUCUCAUCCUCCACAUGAGGAAACUAAAACUGAAAAGAAAACAAAGAAGACUCAGUAGUAAGUUACUGAGGCAGGAUUCAAACUCAGGUCAUCCUGACUCAAAAUCCAACACCUUACUCUUACUGUUUUAAGAUUUCGACUAAAUUAUUAUUUCCCAUCAUGCACCAUUGCCCCCAUCUACCUGAGGGAAAGGGAAUGGAAGUGAGAAACAGGGUAUUAAUAAUAAUUAACAAAGCUCCUGGCCUAUCAGUCUUCCCCACUUCAGUGCAAUGGGCAAAUAUGCUUCUGGAACCACAUCAAAGUCUGGACAAUUAGAAGAAGCUGAAACACAAAUUGGGCAUGUCUCCACAAAAUAAGAGAACAGGCAGAGGGGUGUGGAAUUUGGCAUAACACUCAUCUCUGCCUCCAGGAUGGCACCCAUACAGAUGAUCCCCCAGUCUGCCAAACUAUGUAAUAAGGUUAGUUUGGGUCUGAGGUCUAACCAAGAAUAGAUUCCCUCCCCACUGCCAUUGCCUUUAUUAUUUAAUAAGAACAGAUGUGUUUGUUGUUGUUUUUUAAUUUUCAUUUCAUGUCACAGGAGAGCGUAAGCCAGAAAGAAUUUUCCUAAAGGGAGAGGCGCUAGGAAUAUGGUGCAACUCUGGAAAGGGCCCACAUAUUACAUGCCUUCACUUUCUUCAGAAAUGUCCUUGUUGAGACCUUAUAGUACAGUGCAGCAAUCUUUGAAUAGGGAAAACCCAGAUUAAUCUAUUUUUAUAGCUCAAAAUCAAGUCUUUUUGGGUGCCCUCAUUUUGACAGCACUGAAAAUGACAUUAGGUGAAAUCAGGUCUUCCUUGCUAAAAGGCACUCUAAUCAUUUUAAGGACGGUAAUAAAAUCAUUUCAAACAAAGUCAUUUUGCGUAUAGUGGAACAUGGGCACAAGUGUCCUGGUUGGAGAGAGAAGCUUUUUCACUGACUUCUAAGAAAAACAAAACAAAUCUCUCUCAUAUCUGAAUGGGGAGCGCAGGGGUUGCAGGGGAGCAUGGAGAAAGGAACACUUGGCUAGCACCUUGGAAAACUACUAUUUUUAAGGCAAAAGAAAGGGGGAAAAAAGACAGGCUUUCUGGUAUGCCAAUUGGGAUCAUGGGAUUAUUUACUGCCAGGAAUUUACGACUGUUUCUGGUAAUUCUGUCUGUAAGCAUUUGAAGCAUUAAAGGGAGAAAACUCCAGCACCCCAAAGGCUGGCAUUCCUUACACAGUAGUUGACCUGGGGUAGAGAAUAUUCCUACUGCAUUCCUAAGUAUAAUUGCUACCUUCAUCCAGAUCAGAAAGUCAGUCAAUUAAUGUUCCAUAAGCACCUAUUAUGUGCCACAUACAGCAAUAAGCCCACGACAUGACUUCUAAAAGAGAUCAAGAUUGGGGAGGAAAUCUGAUUGUGUAUAGCUGAGUCAAAAGCUUAUCAAAAUGAAGAACCCCAGACAGGGGAAUGAUGGAGAUACCUGGCCAAUGAGUUUUUCACUCUCUCUAUAGGCUCUAUGUCUCAUCUCAAGGGACUUUGUCUUUCAAGGAGAUGUAGGGUUUCCCAAAACUAAUCACAAACAAAACUUGCAGAAAUGAACAAUUUGGAUUUGUACCAGCACUUUGGACAUCAUUACCAUUUUUUCCUGCCCUGGAAAUGGAAAUGUUUCAUUCCAGGGCUACAUUCUUCAGUAACCGAUAUAAUUAUUGAUUUUGAUUUUCUUGAAUUACCUGAGCCUGCAAAUGUAAAACCCUUGUGUCUGAAUUUGCACUAAUGAUGUUUGAUAGCAAAAGAGGUGUGACAUACAGGAGCCCUCUGCUUUAAAUACGAGAAUAUGCAGAUAUUACAUAUUUUCUAUAAACUCCUGAUUGUUUUUAACUAUAAGAUUACAUGUCUCUAAGUUUGAAUGUAUUCCAUUAUAAGAUAUUGAUUUGCCACUUAUUUUUUUCUGGGGAUUUCUGUAUUGUUGCAAUAAUUCAUUAUAUUCUUUCCCCAUACAGCUUUUUGAAGUUAACUUUCUUUGCAUUUUAAAAUUUUGGUUCUGCUUAGAGUAUGUUGGAAAUCGUUUCUUGGUAGCAAAGAUAUAAGAAAGCCAGUAUAUUGACUGGGAAGGAGGCAGAAUUCAUAUUCACAGGCCUGGAAACUAGUGAUGAUCAAAUAUUCCUUUUAUCUUCUUUGUUAUUGCUAUUUUCACAAUUAAUUUUGUUCUUCACUUUCAGUUGAUGUCAGCAAAUUUGGGAUUUUAGAAGGGGAGAAGGAAGCAAUUUCUGUAACACUACUGUCAAGUUUGACUACAUAUUAAACAAUAAAAGUGGUUUUGUUUUAAUUUUUUAAACACCUUUAGCUAUGUCUGUCAGCGCUUUUAUUUAGGAAUAAGACAACUGACAUUUAUACAGAACUUGAAAGAUUGUAAAAUAUCAUCAAAGACCACUAUGAUAGAUAGUUAUAUAUCAUCUAAUUUGUUCCUUAAAUUGAUCCAGUAAAGUAAGCAUUGCAAGUCACAACAUCAUUAAAUCUAGAGCUGAAAGGGGUUAUUCCAUGCAACAUCAGGUAACGGGUAGCACCAUAGUGCACAGACAGCUAGGCCUAGAGUCAGGAAGCCCUGAAUUCUAAUUCACCCUCAGACACUAAUUGUGCUUGCUGAGCAAAACACUUCACCUUUGCUUGCUUCAAUAACCCCAACUGGAGAAAAGAGCUAAUAACAGUACCUAUAUUACAGGAUCUUUGUGGAGAGCAAGUGAGAUAAUAUUUGUAAUAUACAAUGCAUUAUGACUGUUAUUACUAUUAUUGUUAAUCCAACCCCUCAUUUUACAGAUAGAGAAACAGAAGGCUAAGAAUGUGAAGUAACUUGACCAAGGUAAUACAGGUAGCAAACAUCCAGGGUAGAUUUUGAAUUCAGGUUACCUUGCUCUAAAGCCCUUGCUCAUUGCACCUUGUUAAACUGCUUCAGUUAUAGUACUCCCUAUUUAGAUGCCAAAACUGAAAAUGAGAAAGGUUAAGUGACUUGCUGAGGACCACAUAGAGAGUGAGUGUCUGAGGUGAGAUUUAAAACCAGGUCUUCUUGAUUAGAAAGUUAAGCACUCUAGUCAUAGUCACUCCACUUUGAUGAAUAGUAUGCAUUUAUUUAGGAAUACCCCAAAUCAUCUCCACACUGACCCUCUGAAAAAUAUUCCUGCAUCCAAGUCACUAGUUUCCAAAGUAUUUGUGUUGCUUUGGGCAGUUGUUCUUUUCUUAAGCAAUUUUUCCAUCUCUUUAAGAAAGCAAUGUUAAUUAAAUGAGUGGCUCACUAGCAAAACCUAAAAUAAAAGUCUGUUGAACAAGGAAUAGGCAGGAGCUACUGCCAAAGAAUGACAUGACUCCAAUACAGUGAAUCAUGGGAAAAUUAUUCUCAACCUAUGCCCACCAUGCUUAAAUUCAUUUUGAUUAUGGCUGUUUUUAAUUUUUGAGCUCCAAAGAAACAAUGAACUAUUUUAUGUUGUUGUUGUUUUUAGAGUUUUUUUUUUCCCCACUGAGCAUUUUAGUGACAAAGUUCUAUGGUGGUUCAAGUCAUCAGAUUGUCUAAGUUUGGUUCUCUCUUUUGCUGUUUGGUUGGGAAAUAGAGGCAAAUAACAGUACUUUAUGGCCCCUGUUAAUAAAUGAUAAGGACUACAAUAGUUUGCCUCACACGGUGUUUUGAAAGAAUGAAAAUACUAAUAUUUCUAUACUGUGUAAAUCCCUCAGGAAAUUAGUUCAUUUUGGAUUCUAACUGUUCUUCCUCCUUGUAGUAUCCAUCAGCACUUCACACACACACACACACACACACACACACACACACACAGAUUGGCAAAAAUAGUAAUUAUGGAAUGCAGAACAUGAAACUCUUUAGAACACUGGUCAAGGACAUUUAUUUAGUAUUCUGGGCAAUCUUAUUUUUUGAUCCUUUAUCCUAACGUUCUAUCAGUUGUUUGCACUGUACAAAUUCUACCUUGAUUUUUCACAAUAAAAUCAGAACUGCUGUUUUUAAAUGUGCGGACUGACUUCAUGUAGUGAGAGGUGAAAAACACUGAAAAUUGUAUCUUCUUCCUCCCUUCAACAUG